CGUCACGCGCCGUACGGCGCAACCAAAAAACGUGCUAUGUUGUGAGUGCCUGAAUGAGACAUCGGUCCUCUGAAACAGCUGAAGUUCAUUCAUUUGAACACACAUUUAAGCGGGCAGUCUGUAGCUUUUUGUAACCUUCACAUGACUUUUACAUUGUAGUCGCUACAGCUUUAAAAUACCGGAAAUUUUAGUCUCAACUGUUAAGCUAACGGCUAAUAAAGCCGAGGAGGAGUAACCAAAACAACAAGUUAGCCCGCUGCUAUUGAGCUUAAACACAAGGUUUUGAUUUGUACCUAAGCUUGUCUGCUAAUAUGUCGGCCGUGUCUAACGACUCGAGGAAACGGAGCAAGAAGCGGUAUGCGGGCGGUCACCACAACAAGCGGUGGAAGGGCUCCCGAGAGCUGGAGAUAGGCAUGCAGGGGAUCCUCAUCACAUGCAACAUGAACGAGAGGAAGUGCACCGCGGAGGCCUUCAAUCUGCUCAAUGAGUACGCCGACACGCUCUAUGGGCCCGAGAAGUUGCAAGAUAAUAAUGGGAGCAGUAGUGAAGAGGAGGCUGAUGAAGAAGAUGUUGAUGUAGCACUGAAGAAGGAAGUGGCACAGCUGAAAGCAUCUGGAGCUAAACAGGAGAGGCGCUUCCAGGCUUUGGACAGUGGAGCAAACAAUGUCAUCUUCAUCAAAACUAAAAAUCUAGAAUCUGACAAGCUGGUUCAUCACAUCCUCUCCGAUCUCCACACCACCAAGAAGAAAAAGUCACGUGUGAUCCUUCGGAUGCUACCAGUAACUGGAACGUGCAAGGCCUUUCAGGAUGACAUGGUGAAGUACCUGACUACUUUCCUGGAGCCCUGGUUCAAAACCCCAAACAGUGGUACCUACCAGAUCGCCUUCAAGGCCCGCAACAGCAGCCACAACAAGAGAGACGAAAUCAUCAAAGCAAUUGCAGGUCUCGUGGGGAAGCUGAACCCUAAGAACAAGGUUGAUUUGACCAACCCAGAACUGACAAUCAUUGUGGAGGUCAUCAAGGCUGUGUGUUGCAUCAGUGUGGUAAAAGACUAUACACUGUACAGAAAGUACAAUGUCCAGGAAGUAAUGAAAGAGGACACACCAAAGCCUGACGUGACCACAGCAAAAACGGAUAUGAAUACAGCUGACCAGAAGGAGAAACACGAUGCAGAGGAGACAAACAAAGAAGAGAAGAAAGGGGAUGACAACAAUGGGCCACAGGAAAACAAGGAGGCUGAUAAGGAAGAAGUUGACGGGGAGUAAGAGCUCACAUUUAGAGAAGCUGAUUGUCAGUCAGAUUUUAAAUUUCUAAAAAAAAGUUCAUCUUAACUUGCAUUAUAUUGUAGUGAUUUUGUUUUAAAUUGAAGUUUCAAAGCAAAGAUUAGCCAAUUUAUUUUUUUCACAACUUAACCCACAACUUGAGUCCUCCUUUAUCAGAAUCCUGAUAUAAUUUAAUGUCUUUUUUUAUAUUCAUAAAGAUAUCUAUGAUAUGUUAGUACCAACUUUAUUGGGGUGUUCAUUUUUAAAUUAAGGUGAUUUAAAAUUAACUGAACGUCACCAUUCUGCAGCACAACUUCCAUCAACUCAGUUUAAAAAAAAUGUUGAAUUAGAUUUAUAAUUUCAAUGUCAUUUUAUUUAUUUUGACAUUUUUACUAAAGCAAAAGGGUUUUGUUCAGAUCAACUUGUGUGUCACAUUUAGUAACUCUGUUUUUUUGUAACUGUUAUUUCCUAAAGCAGUCCCUAAAUUAAAGUUACCCGUGUAUUUGAA